AUGGCGGGACCAGUCCGGCUGCCCAUCAACCUCGAUGCGCUGCAAGGAUAUCUGGAGACCUCCGUGCCAGAAAUCAAGACUCCCUUAAGCAUCAAACAAUUUGGGGACGGUCAAUCGAAUCCAACAUACCAACUAACCGGCGCCGAUGGAAAUCGAUACGUUCUGAGAAAAAAGCCUCCCGGACCACUAUUAUCGCAAACAGCACACAAUGUCGAGCGUGAAUACCGAGUCCUUCGAGCUCUAGAGAAAACCGACGUCCCCGUCCCCAAGGUGUAUUGCCUCUGCACUGAUCCCUCGAUCAUCGGUACGAUUUUCUACGUCAUGGAGUUUUUGGAUGGCAGAAUCUUCAUCCAGCAGUCUCUGCCAGGUGUCAGUCCAUCGGAAAGGACAAGCAUGUGGCGGUCAGCCGUGGAAACGCUUGCCAGGAUUCAUCGUGUCGAUUACAAAGGGUUAGGCCUGGGAAGCCUCGAAAAGCCCGACAAAUUUUAUGUCCGCCAGAUCCGAACCUUCAAAUCACUUUCGAUACAACAAGCACAGGCAACAGACAAGGAAACUGGUGCUCCCGUCGCCAAAGUUCCUCACUUUAACGAAAUGACCGAGGCAUUUGAGGUUGCUCAAUAUCAACCAGAAGAUCGCAAAACCCUCAUUCACGGUGACUAUAUGAUGCAUAAUCUGUUAUUCCACAAAACGGAACCAUAUGUCAUUGGUGUCCUGGACUGGGAAAUGACUACAGUUGGCCAUCCACUAGCGGACUUGGUGAAUGUGACGGCCCCGUUUGUGUCCGCUACUGCUUCGACUCAUGUCGGCGCGAACAAGGACUCGGCGGCCUUCAAGCCGGGAGCAACACAAGGACUCCCAACCAGAGAGCAAUGCGUUGAAUGGUAUGCUCAGGUGGCAAGAUGGGAUCCUUCAGAGGAUCUCGCAUGGGGAGAUGCGUUCUCAGCCUUCCGGACUGCGGUCGUGAUGCAAGGAAUAGCGGCCAGAUAUGCAUUAAGACAGAAUAGCAGUGUGAGGGCAUCGGAGUUUGACCUUCAGGUAGCACCCAAUUCACACUGGGCGUGGGAGUUGGUGCAGCGCUUCAAAAAGCAGCGAGGGAAGCGCACACUAUCACCCCGAAAGCGUGGCACACCGAGUUCAGGUAGAUUGUAG